GCGCCCCCGGUCAGGCCACAAGGCUGCUCGUCUGCAUCCCGGCAGAAAGAAGCCGGAGACGACCUGAGAAGCGGCCGAUCUUCAGAGCUGCGGCCUGCAGGGUGACCUAUGACCUCCGGCUGGAUACGCCUUAACGUCGUACCUCCACGGAUUUGAUUUCUCUGCUGCCGUCAGCCGGCUCCUGGCCUGAGGAUCUGAGGAUGAAGACGUGAUUCCAGAUCCGGAGCAGUUUGGAGACGCGCAGAGGAGCAGCGAGGAGGAAAGGAAAAAAAAAAAAAAAGUGAAGGAGAAGCAUCCAGGACGCUGCGCUCACUGUCCGGUCCGCGGAUCAGCCCCGCAGCCGCUGCUGAACGCUCCUCAUCCGGCCGCCGUAGCUUUACGCACGCCGCGCCGCUCUGCGCACGACCCGCACAGAAACAAACUGAGAAGUUUUUUUCCAUUUCGCUCCGGAUCUUCGGCUCCGAGUUCAGAUCUGGUCCGACAGCAGCAGGACCCGGACCCAAACCAAGGUCCAGCCCUGGAUUCACUACUGCUGAUCAAUGGACAGAGCCUCUUCGGCGGGCAGCAGCGCUACAGACACGCCGUGAACAACUCUUUCUCUCUGACUGGAGCUCCAUUGGGGGUGUGGAGGAGGAUGGAGCGAGGCGGGGAGAGUCCUGUCGCCCAAGGUAGUCCUGAGCGGAGGGGAGGCAGCCCAGACCUCAGCGGUCUCCCACCACCAGGAAAGAAGAGCCGACUGGAGCUCAACGGGAGCCCCACAGGCCCACGAAGUCGCCACAAUGGAGCCCCAUCUCGGCCCCUAGGAGGUCUGAUGAUCCCAGUCUUCUGUGUGGUGGAGCAGGCGGACGGAGGGCUGCAGGGCGAUGGCUGCGAGGGAAGAGAGGAGCAUGCUGAGUUUGUCCUCGUCAGGAAAGAUAUUCUCUUCUCCCAGCUGGUGGAGACGGCGCUGCUGGCGCUCGGCUACUCCCACAGCUCGGCCGCUCAGGCCCACGGCAUCAUCAAGGUGGGAAGGUGGAACCCUCUGCCCAUCCAUUUCCUCACCGACGCUCCUGAAGCCACGGUGGCAGACAUGCUGAUGGAGGUCUACCACAUGGUCACGCUCCAUAUUCAGCUGCAAAGCUUUGCGAAGCUGGAAGAUCUGCCCUGUGAGCAGUGGAACCACGCCACCGUGAGAAACGCCCUCAAAGAGCUGCUGAAGGAGAUGAACCAAAGCACUCUGGCCAAGGAGUGUCCUCUGUCACAGAGCAUGAUUUCCUCCAUAGUGAACAGUUCGUACUAUGCCAACGUCUCCACUGCCAAAUGUCAGGAGUUUGGUCGUUGGUAUAAGAAGUACAAGAAAAUCAAAGGGGAUUAUCUGGAGAAGAUGUGGGCCGGUCGAGACGCGGCGGACAUCAAGAUUGAGCGGGACAACAUGUCGGACUUCUGCGUCCUGGGACAGAGACCCCCUCCUCACCUUGCUCAGCUCAGCCACCUCAGCUCCGGCGGGCCCCUCCUCAAAGCCGGAUCCGGCGACCCGCAGGCCCCCUCUCAGCCGCUGCAGCAGCCUCCUCCUCCCCAGCAGCAGCCCUCCCCUCACGGGCCCCUCCACCACAGCCCUCCCCUCCGCACAGGACAAGUGCCCCCGCCUCCCCCGCCGCCUCCGCCCGGCCCCCUGCAGCCCCUGCUGGGGCCGGGUGGGCUCCUCUCUCCGCAGCUCUCCCCGCAGCUGGUUCGCCAGCAGCUGGCCAUGGCCCACCUCAUCAACCAGCAGCUGGCGGUGAGCCGCCUGCUGGCCCACCAGCACCCUCAAACCCUCAACCAGCAGUUCCUCAACCACCCCCCCAUCCCUCGGGGUUCCUCCAAAGGUGGAGGAGACCAUCCUGGGAGCAACCCCUCAGCCGCUGAGGUCUCCUCUGAGAUCUACCAGCAGGUCAGAGACGAGCUGAAGAGAGCCAGCGUCUCCCAGGCCGUGUUCGCCCGCGUGGCCUUCAACCGCACCCAGGGCUUGCUGUCAGAAAUCCUGCGGAAGGAGGAGGACCCUCGCACGGCGUCGCAGUCCUUGCUGGUCAACCUGAAGGCUAUGCAGAACUUCCUGAACCUACCAGAGAGUGAGCGCGAUCGCAUCUACCAGGAGGAGAGAGAGCGCACCAUGAACCCCUCAGUGGGGCUGCCCUCCUCCAACUCCAACAACCCCGGAGCCCAGCGCCUCUCACAGAAAGUGUGGGAGAGGAGCCUGGACGACCCAAUAGCCCCUGAUACCUGGGCCUCCAUCUGGAAGAACAAGACUAAAAUCUCCAACUCUCCGAAGCCAUCCGGGCCGGGCCCAGACCUCCCUCUGAAGCUGGAGUCGCUGGUCAACAUCACGUCAGGCAUCUAUGAGGAGAUUCAGCAGGAGAUGAAGAGAGCCAAGGUGUCACAGGCGUUGUUUGCAAAGGUGGCUGCAAACAAGAGCCAGGGCUGGCUGUGUGAGCUGCUUCGAUGGAAGGAGAACCCCAGCCCGGAGAACAGAACCCUGUGGGACAACCUGUGCACCAUCCGGAGGUUCCUGGCGCUGCCGCAGGCCGACAGGGACCUGGCCUAUGAAGAGGAGUCGCGCCACCAUCACAGCGAGCGGCUGCACACCGUCCUCCACCUGCCGCAGGAUGCCCACCUCUACUUUCUGUCCCGCCAGGCGCUUCACAGACCACCGCCACACCCAGCAAAGGAGCACCGCCUGUCCCCGAUGCGUGAGGAGCCGUUACCUGCUCAGCCCACUGAGGAGAGGUCGCAGAAUGUGGGAGUCGGAGCAGCGGGUGGAUGUGCUCCCGCUGCUGCGGCAAGUAGCGCUGGCAGCAACAAGAAGCCACGAUCACGCACUAAGAUCUCCUUAGAGGCCCUUGGCAUCCUGCAAAGCUUCAUUCAGGACGUGGGUCUGUACCCUGACCAGGAGGCAAUCCACACCUUAUCUGCGCAGCUCGACCUCCCCAAACACACCAUCAUCAAGUUCUUCCAGAACCAGCGCUACCACGUCAAGCACCACGGCCGCCUCAAAGAGCUGGGCGAGGGGGCUGCCGCCAGCGGAGGGGUGGACGUGAGCGAAUACAGAGACGAGGAGCUGCUCUCUGGCUCCGAGGAUCCAGAGUCCAGUGAGGAUGGAGCCGAGGAGAUCUACCAGAUGGCAGAGGGGAGCAGUGGGAGCACGGGGGGCCUGAACCAGCCCCCGCCCUCCUCCAGCUCCACCUCCACUCAGUCAUCCUCAGGUACCAAAGCCGCUCAGGAGGACGGCAAGGAUAAGGGCCCCGGCCGACUCGGUGCUCCAAUGGUUCCUGGGAGCUCCUCAUCCAGUCCUCAGCAGCAGACUGACUACCAAAGGUAGAAGCUAGCAGACAUCAAGAGGGAAGAAAGUGAAGAAGAAAAAUUUCCUGGAACAUGGCGGCACGCCGAGCUGAGAUCCCGUUUGUUAAAAACGGCUCAACUGACAGUUUAUUGUGACAAUCUCAGAUUUGUGGAACUUGUGAAUUUACCUCAGAAAAGACUGCAGGGUUCUAGGAGCGGUCGUACAGCUGUGAGAAAAUUACCACAAAAAAAAUGUUUUCAUCAAUUAGAUUUGUUUAAAAAAGGCAGGUAUGACCUUUGCUGCACCGGACGUCCCUCCUCCAAAACCAUCUGAGCACACCUCACGAGGAACAGACCCACCUGGUGAACUUUUUUCCUGCCCGGGCCUCCGUUCAUCAUCAAGCUUUAAUCCACUGAGGGGGAAAAAGGCAGAAUUCUACUUCAAAACUCACUGGUUUAGCACUUAAAGUUCACAAAGACAGAGGCUUUUCAAGCCUGAUCUCCUGGAGGAACAGGAGGAUGAGGGGGGGGCAGCAGAGAGACGCCCCUGACCUCUUCCCUGCUCCACCCAUUAAAAGCGUGGUGGAAGGAAAAUAAAGAAGGUUUAAAGACAGGGUCUAGAUGUUCUGCAACCAAACAAUCAGUCACUUUAUGUGCGGUAGUCCCCCCCCCCCCCCCCCCCCCCCCAGUCCUGCACUCAACUUCACCCAGCCUAUUUAUUGCUAUCUUUAUCCCUGAUUAUUAUUAUGAUUAUUUUUAAUAUUGUUGUUAUUAUGGUUAGGAUUGCUGUCACUGCGUGCUAUUUCUAGCUUUUAUUUCCAUGGUUUAAAACGGUGGUUUGCAGAACUGGGCGCCUGGGUGGACAACAGACAGUAAAAGUUUGCCGCUCUGUCAAAGCGGCGAGAGGGUGGACAAAAAUAAAGAGAAGCGGUUACUGAGUGUUACUGGGAAAUGUUGUUUAAUGCCAUUUUUUUUUCUCUUAGCUUUGUCCCUGAAACGAUUGAGGAGAAAGAAGGAGGAAUCCAGUCUGCUUCUCUUUGCUGCAGUUGAUGACAAUCUACUUUAUGAGCUCUUUAAGAAAAGCGGCAGGUUUAACUCUGCUGGUAGCUUUUAAUGUGUGUAAAUACCCCCCCCCCCCCCCAAAAUGGGACAAAUUGCUGUUGUUAUACUUGUUCCUUUUAUUUUUUAAUGUUUGAGCCAGUUGGAGAAACUCAGUGGAAAAUCUCAUCGAGGCUAUUUAAAGAAAACAAAAAAACAUGCUCUUCUCAUUCCAUGUCUGCUUCGACCAUCCUGAUUGGCUGCUACGCAAACAGUGAGCUGCCCUUUCAAUCACUACUCUGUAUGAUGAUAUUGUGCUUUUCUGUAUAACAGGAAUCAGGGUUAGAUUCAAGUAAUGAAAUCUUUUUGUCCAUAAAUGUUGAAGUGAAUAAAAAAAAAUUUGUGCAGUCAGAAA